UUGGAGGCCGCGAACCGCAGUGGAGCGGGACUGAGGCGGCGGAGGCUGCGGCGGGCGGCCCUCUACUCCGGGCGGUUGAGCGCCCUGCCCUAGAUCUGCUGGGUGGCCACUUGGCGACCUCUCGCCCUUGCUUCUCCAGGGGUCGCAAUACCGGCGGAGGCCCAGAGCAAGGCGCGGUCCGCGCACCCCGACAUUUAGGCGGCGGCAUGUCUGUGGUGGGCAUCGACCUUGGCUUCCUCAACUGCUACAUCGCCGUGGCGAGGAGCGGCGGCAUCGAGACCAUCGCCAACGAGUACAGCGACAGGUGCACCCCGGCCUGUAUAUCUUUGGGAUCACGAACUCGAGCCAUUGGAAAUGCUGCUAAGAGUCAGAUAGUCACAAAUGUCAGAAAUACAAUCUAUGGCUUCAAAAAGCUUCAUGGGAGGUCAUUUGAUGACCCCAUUGUGCAGACUGAAAGAAUCAGGCUUCCCUAUGAACUGCAGAAGAUGCCUAAUGGGAGUACAGGAGUUAAGGUACGGUACCUGGAAGAAGAGAGACCUUUUGCAAUUGAGCAAGUCACUGGAAUGCUGUUGGCUAAGCUUAAAGAGACUUCAGAAAAUGCUUUGAAGAAACCAGUAGCUGAUUGUGUGAUUUCAAUCCCCAGCUUCUUCACUGAUGCUGAGAGAAGAUCAGUGAUGGCUGCAGCCCAGGUUGCAGGUUUGAACUGUUUAAGGCUGAUGAAUGAGACCACUGCAGUUGCUCUAGCAUAUGGGAUUUAUAAACAGGAUCUUCCCUCGUUAGAUGAGAAACCAAGAAAUGUAGUUUUUAUUGAUAUGGGACAUUCCGCCUAUCAGGUCUCAAUUUGUGCAUUUAACAAAGGAAAACUUAAAGUGUUGGCUACGACCUUUGACCCAUAUUUGGGUGGCAGGAAUUUCGAUGAAGCCUUAGUAGACUACUUCUGUGAUGAGUUCAAGACCAAAUAUAAGAUAAAUGUGAAAGACAACUCUCGGGCCUUGUUGCGUUUAUAUCAGGAAUGUGAAAAACUAAAGAAGCUAAUGAGUGCAAAUGCAUCAGAUCUUCCAUUGAACAUUGAGUGUUUCAUGAAUGACCUUGAUGUUUCUAGUAAAAUGAACAGGGCUCAAUUUGAACAAUUAUGUGCUUCCCUGUUGGCCAGGGUUGAACCACCUUUGAAAGCAGUAAUGGAGCAAGCUAACUUACAACGUGAAGACAUAAAUAGUAUUGAAAUUGUGGGAGGAGCAACACGAAUCCCUGCUGUGAAGGAUCAGAUCACCAAAUUCUUUCUUAAAGACAUCAGUACCACCCUGAAUGCUGAUGAAGCUGUUGCAAGAGGAUGUGCAUUACAGUGUGCAAUUCUCUCACCAGCAUUUAAAGUGCGUGAAUUUUCCAUAACAGACCUUGUUCCCUAUUCAAUCACAUUGAGAUGGAAGACUUCUUUUGAGGAUGGAGCUGGGGAAUGUGAAGUAUUCUCUAAGAACCAUCCUGCCCCAUUCUCAAAAGUUAUAACUUUCCACAAGAAGGAACCAUUUGAACUGGAAGCAUUUUAUACUAAUUUGCAUGAAGUGCCUUAUCCUGAUUCACGAAUUGGAAACUUCACUAUUCAGAAUGUUUUCCCACAGUCUGAUGGUGACAGCUCUAAAGUAAAGGUUAAAGUUCGUAUUAACAUCCAUGGGAUCUUCAGUGUGGCCAGCGCAUCUGUAAUUGAGAAGCAGAAUGUGGAAGGAGACCAUAGUGAUACACCCAUGGAAACAGAAGCUUCAUUUAAGAAUGACAACAAGGAAGAAGUGGAUAAAAUGCAGAUUGACCAAGAAGAAGGAGGUAAUCAAAAAUGUCACGCUGAACACACCCCAGAAGAGGAGAUUGAUCAUACAGGAGCCAGAGCAAAGUCAGCUUCCUCAGACAAACAAGACCGAAUAAAUCAGACCAUUAAAAAAGGGAAAGUCAAGAGCAUUGAUCUACCAAUCCAGAGUAGUCUGUACAGACAACUGACCCAAGAUCUUCUCAAUAGCUACAUUGAAAAUGAGGGGAAGAUGAUAAUGCAGGAUAAGUUAGAGAAAGAAAGAAAUGAUGCUAAAAAUGCUGUUGAAGAAUAUGUGUACGAAUUUAGAGACAGACUGGGCACUGUGUAUGAAAAAUUCAUCACUCCAGAAGACAUGAAUAAACUGUCAGCAAUAUUGGAAGACACAGAAAAUUGGCUUUAUGAAGAAGGAGAGGACCAACCCAAACAAGUCUAUGUGGAUAAGCUUCAAGAACUAAAGAAAUAUGGCCAACCUAUUCAAAUGAAGUUCAUGGAACAUGAAGAGAGGCCCAAAGCUUUAAAUGAUUUAGGAAAGAAGAUUCAACUUGUCAUGAAAGUGAUAGAAGCAUACAGAAACAAGGAUGAACGAUACCAUCAUUUGGAUCCUGCUGAAAUGGAAAAAGUUGAAAAGUACAUUAGUGACUCCAUGAGUUGGCUGAACAGUAAAAUGAAUGCACAGAAUAAACUAAGUCUCACUCAAGAUCCUGUGGUGAAAGUGUCAGAAAUAAUUGCAAAGUCAAAGGAACUGGAUACUUUCUGUAACCCCAUAAUUUACAAGCCCAAACCAAAAGUAGAAGUUACUGAAGACAAAGCUAAAGCUAAUGCUGAACACAAUGGACCAGUGGAUGGACAGAGUGGAAAUGAAACUAAGCCAGAUGCUACAAAAGACAGCUCCCAGCAUACAAAAUCUGGAGAGAUGGAAGUGGACUAAGCUUGCCUUUUACCUUUGUAUAAUCAAACAGUGCAAGUAACCAACAGGGUCCAUUCAUCUUUUAUAUCCAUACACACAACAGAUGUUCAGUCAUUCUUAACUACUUUUUGUCAUUUGUUGUUUCUUUUGGAGUAGUUUUGAAAAGUGUUCUAUAUUGAGUGUACCUCUAUUCAUGUCCAUUGCUGCUUAUGUGAAGCUUUAGCUGAAUAUAGACUCACAAAUCAGUUUAAGCUUUCCUCAUGUAUUUUAUAUCAAAAAUGCAGAAUAUGUAUGUAAUUGAGCACCAUCCACCUUAUUUAAUGCUUCUACUUGCAUAAACCUAAGUUCCUUUAUUUAGGAAAGGAUAUUAUAUUGCACUUUGUUGCAGAAGCAUAGGUUUACUUGCAUUAUUUUGAAAACAAAUGGAAACUAAUGUGGUUUAAGGCCACUGUAGCACUGAGCUUUUUCUAGUUAUUGUAUUGUUAUACUUCAAAUAUUAAAGCAAAUGAGAGGUUUCUUGACAAACUAAUCCAUUGCACUAAUGUACCAUGAGAACUCCAGUUUUGUUGUUACCACAUAAUGACCUGAACCACAAGUUAAUGAGAAAGUACACAAUUUGAUGCUAAGGUGACACCAGCAGUUUGCUUCUUUUAUUAGAAUGUGGAUUUAUGUUUUCUCAGAGUAACUUUUUCACUUCAAACCUUAGCUGUAUUUGUCCUGAAGACCACCUGCUGCUAAACUGAUGCUAAGCCUAUACCUUCAUGUUACAGGGAAGCACUGUCACUUACUCAGAUAUGAAUCUGUGAUGUGGACAGCCUUGUUUCAUUUCAAGACUUGUCUUGACUUACUGAUUUUGUUGAUCCUGUAACAUGGGGUAGGGAGAAAUGGCACACUGCAUAGGAUCAUAUGUAUAUAAAUAUAUAUAUUUAUCAUUGAUUUAAAUGUUAUGAUAUGGAUAAGCACUAUUAAAUAAGCAGUAAUACUUGAAAAAGAGCACUUAUACCAUAAGUCUUAGGGAAUAAUGCUUGUAAUAAACUUAACUGUGUUACAUAUCAGUAGGCAAAAGAUAUAAUGUUACAUAGUGUUAUAUGAUAUAAUGUGAUUAAAUUAUAGUUCCUGCUGUUAAAUUACCUUUUGAAACCUUGGCUCCAGUUUUGGUGCUUCUCAGUGAAAUGGGAGAAGACACAGUAAACAGAUAUCCUGGACCUGA